AUGCUGAGCGUCGCUUCAAAUACCCCGACAGUUCACCACCAUUACAAGGCUAUCAGCCCACCGGCAACAAAUGCCAAUUCACGAUCUCCACGUCGCCUAUUGAAAAAGGUAUCCAAGACAUGGAGGAAUGUUAACGUUUUUUCAAAAAGCAAAGCCAAGGCAGUUGGAAAUCUUAUUAGAAAAAAUAGUGCUCAUUUUAUUGGUUGUCAAAGUACAAGUGAAAAUAACGAAAAUAAAGAAUUUAACUUAGAAUCUAAGGUUAGAAAGGAUUCGUCACUGGAGGACGAAGAAUCAGCGGCUGUUGACGACAAAAGUACUGAUAAAUUGAUACUUUCGGACUGUGAAGAGGUAUCCAAGAUUUACAAUAAAAGCUUAGGAGAAAAUCCAGCUGGAGUUGAGUCUACAGAAUCUCAGGUUGAUUCUAGUGAGUCUAAGAAACGUAAACGUUCGGUUUUUGGCGGUAAAUUAGCCAACGCCACUAAAUUAUUAAAGGAUAACAACAGCUCGGCUACGGCGAUAAAACAAUUGCCUGAAGAAAAUAAAGGUGUGACUGUUAAUUAUGAUCAAGCUGCUGCUGCAGUUGCCAACGUCGUAGAUCCUUAUCAGCAUCAAAAUCGAGAUCAGAGUCAGCAUUAUUGGUCCGAGUACAAUCAGAUCCGGGACCACGAAGAAAAAAAAGAUGAACGUGUUUUGAAUAAUUGGGGAGAAAACGAAUGGUUCGACUCCAACACCGAGUUUGAACCAAUCCAAAAGAGACUACAUUAUAUGUCAGGAUUUCCGAAUCCACCUGGCGAGAACCGUUGUUGGCUCAACGCGACUCUUCAUGCACUUUUUGUUCUUCCACUUAUUGAUAAUUUCAAUGUCAAUGACAGUGUAGUAGACAGAUUACCUAAAUUGACAAAACUUUUGGUCGCUAUGAAGAUGCUUUGGUGCAGCGGGUACAAAAAGGUGGAUGUGAUGCACCAGACGGUUAAAAAGUUCAAAGAAGAAUUAGCAAUACUAGAUGAAACGUAUCCAGAGGAAAAACAACAAGACGUAUCUGAAUUUUUGAUGAUUUUACUGAAUUACGUUAAGACCGAAUGCGAACAACUGUCUGUCGAAACUUCCAAGACCGAAGAGGUGGAAAAUGUCCCGGAGAAUUAUCAGGAUUUGUCUAAAGAUACGCGAGCGCCAUUGACACCAUCCAAGAGACCGCCUUUGGCGAGUUUGUCUCCACUGAAAACUUCCAAUGCUAUCACUAAAGCAAUUGCGGAGAACGCUGGAGAUUCAGUUGCUAAGACUCAAGUUCCAAAGAUAUUGCACAAUCCUAUUGAUGAAUGCUUCUUGCUACCAAUGAGAGAGCAUUAUAUUUGUGAGGGUUGCAACGAACAUCGGCAACGCGACAUUGAUAAUAUGAUGCUCUACGUUCCCUUGCCUGACAAUGAAUCUAAUAAUAAUGAUGAAGUGACCGUUAUUCCUGCUGACGCUCCAGCAACACCACCACCAAUCAACCUUUCGGUAGCAAUUAACAAAAGCAUGGAGCCUGAGGAACGCUGUUUAACCUGCACCAAAUGCAAGUCCACAAAGCAACUCCGCUCGACGUCAUUCCGCGGCUGUCCCAAUGUACUGACUGUCCAGAUUAAUCGAUACGGCGUGAACAAUGAUGGGUAUUGUUCAAAAAUCAACACCCCGGUGGAGAUUCCAGCGGAGCUAUCUGUUGAAAUAAUUAACAAUGAUGAAAUUAACACAGGUGAAAAUGAAGGAGACAGUACUCCUACAAGUACUGUACAUAAAUUUCAACUGGUUUGCAUUAUUGCACACGUUGGCUCGGCUAUGGACUGUGGACACUAUACCAGUUAUGCUAAACAUGACAAUCGGUGGUUCCAUUACAACGACAUGGAUGUUACACGGAUGAGCGAGUCAGAUGCUCUUGGUGCCGUUCAGAGAACAGCUUAUCUUGUUUUUUUUGUUAAUGUUAACUCAUCAGAACCAUUGACAAGCUCAUCGUCUAAUUUAAAACAGUUUGAUAGUCUGUCCGUUAAAUUAGAUGAUACUCCGUCGCAGUAG